UCUUUGCAACAUUUCUGUUUCGGUUGUUUUUCUUUUUUAUAGCAGUCGGGAAAAUCGGGAAGCUUUCGGUGAUCGCAUUCCUAAGUUCGGUUUCGAAGGGAACGAAGCUUGUGACAAUGUUUGUGAAGGUGUGCGUGACGGUCAUGGUAUUGGUGCAGCUGACGGAAAUGGGACCGCUCGGAGUAACCGCGCAGUUUACAGGUCCAACACUUGCCUGUGGCGGCACAUCGUUGCUGAAGUCGACCACGUUGAUAUCGCCGGCCCAGAUUGGAACGAACGGUGCCAACAGCUGUGCCUACACCAUCCGAGCCAUUAAUUUACGCAUCUGUCAGCUCCGUCUGGAUUUCAACUCGUUCAACCUGGCCCCGCCGACGAUUGACCCUUAUCCGGUGUGCUCCACCGACACACUUUCGAUCCAGAAUUUAGAUUUCAAUUUGUGUGGCGAAAACAGCGGACAGCAUGUUUACGUUCCGUUCAGUCCGACCCUUGCGGAAAUGACAUUGGCCAUUAACUUUAAUCUGGGAACACGGCUGCCGGGACAGACUGCACCUUACUGGAACAUUCGGGUGCAGCAGUUGGAGUGUCCGAUCGGAGUCUCCUACGCCAAGUUUGCCAUCCGGACGGAAUCGGCUAUCCUGGCUAAGACCUUUCACCACGAUUUGGCAUCCUUGGCCCCGACGGGUUGUUUGCAGUUCCACACCGCCCUCACCGGAGUCAUAAAAUCGUUCAAUUUCAACAUGGGAGGUCCGUACAUCGGUGACAUGCAUUAUGCCAUCUGUUUUCGACGGCUUCGAACCAAUACGGCUCUGAAACUGUACGCCGACGUGUUUGAUCUAGCCUCCAAUGAUGAUGUCGGAUACGAUGACUCGUGCUUUUCCCGAAUCGAAACAGUCGGCCGAUCCGAGGACUACCUGUUAAUUCCGAACGGGGAAACUGUGGUAGAUGGAAACACCAUAAGAGCGACUCGAUUCUGCGGCCAGAGUAUUCACCAAAAAUCCAUCGAAUCUUCCGCACCAGGACCGUUCGUUCUACAGUUCAAUAGUGAUACCAUAUAUGGAACUAAUGGUGCUCGCGAAACUGGUUUCCACAUCACCUACGAAAUUGUUUAGUUUUCAGCAUGGAAGAUGAUCAAAACCGGCAGUAAAUUUACUUUCAAAUGUUUGGUCCGCAACAAGUUUUAUCGCUUUCACAUUUUAACAACUGUUACUUUUUUUUCCAAAUUAUAUUACACCUGAGUAGUGUUACCGCAAAAAAACAAAUGAAAACACUGUACGAAAUUCUUCCGUGGACAACCCCUACAAGAUGAUGUUCGUUUUUCGUUUUGUGUUCAUCCUGUACCUGUACUAGAAGAGAACUAGGCGAAAUAGAUAGCUGAGCAUUCGAA